UUAAACCAUUGAGCUAUGACGUUGAAAACACAGCAGUAGACAGCGGCGAAAAUAUAUCGGUCUACAAAGCACGCGAAUGCACGGAACGCAAUUCGGCAAAGACAACGCCGAGAACAAGCGCGAACGACGAAUCGCGCCCGGAGCAGCUCGAGCAGUCGGAGAGAGCCGAGAACGUAUGGCCGCACAGCGAGGCGCCGAGUCACGACGGCGAGUCGCGAGCCAGUACGACUCGGGCCCGGGCCAGCGGUAGACGCGACUCGGCCGUAAGUAAUUUGCAGAAGUUCCAGCGAAAGCAGCGUCCUCCACGCUGGCACUGCAGCAGCACGCACCAAUGGCAGCGGCACUGUCGCUGGCCGUCAUCUACAACCAAACCAACAUCGUGGAGGCGCUCAUCGACUACGUCCAUCCGUCGGUGGGCCAGCCGUCGCUGCCGCUGUCGCGGACGCUGCUGCAUCUGGCGGUGCGCAACGGCAACCUGACCGUCGCGCGAGCGCUGCUGAAGGCCGGCGCCGACCCGAACGCCACGACCGACGACGGGCUGUCGUGCCUGCACGUGGCCGUCGGCAGCCGGUCGAGCGCCAUGGUCGAGCUGCUCCUGGAGUCCGGCGCCGACGUCAACCCGGCCCGCAAGUUCGACGGGCGCACGCCGCUUCGCAUGGCCGUGGAACAGCAGUGCGAGGACAUCGUGGAGGUGCUGCUGGACCGCGGAGCGAAGCUGGACGAGCAAUCGGUGGAGGGCUACAGCGUGCUGCAGCUGGCCGUGUGCCACCGCAGCGAGAGGAUCGCCGACGCCUUGGUGAGGCGGGCCGAGCCGAGCCAAGUGAACGCCAGGAGGCCGACCGACGGCAAGUCGGCGCUGCACCUGGCGAUCGAGAGCGGCCACCCCGGCGUGGUGCGCCAGCUCGUCAGGAAGGGCGCCCACGCGGAGGACGAGGCCGGGGCGGACGGGUGCACGGCCACGCCGCUGACGUUGGCGGUGCUGUGCGGCGACGAGGCCACGGUGGCGCUGCUGCUGCGCCGCGGCGCCCGCGGCCUGGCGCGCGACUGCCUGCACCGGGCCGUGCGCCAGCGGAGCCGCGGUAUCGCCGAGCUGCUGCUGGGCCAGCGGGUGCUGCCCGUGGACGGUCUGGUCGCCGGCGAGACGGCGCUGCAGCUGGCCGCCGACCUCGGCUACCGGGACAUGAUGCGGGUCUGCCUGGCGCACGGCGCCUCGCUCGAUGGGCUGCGCGCGCGCAGCCUCGCGCUGCUGCGCGACGCCGUCAAGGCCAACGACGUGCGUCUGGUCGAGCUGCUGCUCGCGCGCGGCGCCCCGGUCAACGGGCUCCUGGGCAAGCGGAACCGGACGCGCGUGUUCGACCUGGCGGUCGGCGCCCGCCGCGUCGGCAUGACCAGGCUGCUGCUCAAGCACGGCGCCUGGAUCAACAUGCGCGCCGCCGCCGAGGACGCGGCCUUCGCGCUCAAGUACGCGGUGCUCGGCCUGGCCGAGGGCUACAAGAUCCAGCGCGAGAACCGGAAGCUGGUGCGCACCGAUCAGCGCUGGGCCGACUUCUACGAGGCCUGCCGCCAGGAGCUGAAGCUCGCCAAGGGCGAGGAGAUCGCCGCCGAGCAGCAGCUGACCAUCUUCGACCUGCUCACGGGCGACGCGGACGUGCUGGUCGCCUGCGCGGCCGACCGCCGCUUCGUCGAGGCCUUCCCCGACUCCGGCUACCGGCAGCGCUACCCGAUCUACGCCGACGCCAUCGCCCUCAAUUACGCCAGGGGAAUCGCGAGGCGCACCUACCUACGGCAAGCCGCGAUGAUCCUCGAGAAGCGCAUCGGCGUCUCGCCCGACAGCGCCGAGUACGUGGUCAAAUUGAUGAGCGAGGCCGAGCUGCGCGACUUCGUCAGGGCCUUCUGCGACUCCGAGCAGGACGAGCAUCAUUGUCUGCCCGAGACCAUCGUGCGGUUUUGAUCACCGCUCCAUUUUUCGCUUCUUUUUUUCCUACGUCGAUGACCGAUCGACAAGAGUGUUACACCUACUUCUUAAUUGUAUAUUUUUUCUUUGCAAGACUAUUUGUAAAUUUGAUGUUCUGCAAAUAUCUAAUCUAUGCGCUGACUAUUAU